AAUAUUUACAGUUGAACGACAGUUAGAAGAUUAAGUCAGAUUUAAUAACCACGACCGGUGACAAAAAAAGUGCAGCCUUAAAAAUAGUGAGAUACAUGUUAAGAUACAUUUUAGGUAACAUAUUAAACUGAUUUAACUGGCAAUGUGUUAUGAACAAAGCACCUGUACUUUUUACGCAGGAUGAUUUGAAUAUUAAGGACCUUACCAUUGCUAACGUUUAUCUUUUUCUUUUUUUUUUUCACAACAUAACGCGUUUAUGACAGGAAAAUUGUAGCUGUUUACGAGGGACAUUGAACGCAGCAGAUGGACAGCGACCUGACUGGCGCGUGGAGGCUGCAACUAUUUACAAAGAAUUUCGUCUAGACAAAGCGCGGAGGCAAACAAAAAAGAUCCAGCAGGUUUUGAUAGUCGUGCUGGAAAAAUUAGAAAACACUGUGCUGUUCGUAACCGGUGGAUCUUCCUAGUCAAAUGUUUACCAUGUUUGAUCUUCAGCUGAGUUUUAAAGAAUGACUGCCACGGUCCGAGCAAUCGUGAUUGGAGCUGGUUGUCGGGGAGCGGGUUACUCCGAGUUUGCAUUAAUCCAUCCUGAACGCAUGAAGGUUGUUGCCGUUGCUGACCCAAGAAAGUUUGCCCGUACCAAUCUUCAACAACAACAUCAAAUAGAGAAUGAAAAUGUCUUUGAAGACUGGCAAAGUGUGGCUGAUAGAGAGAAGUUUGCAGAUGCUGUGUUAAUUUGCACACCAGAUCGGCUUCACAAGGAUCCUGCUGUGGCCUUUGCAAAAAAGGGAUACCACAUUCUUCUGGAGAAACCAUUGGCAACAACUGCAGAGGACUGCAGGGCAAUAGUGGAGGCCUGUAUGCAGAGUAAUGUGAUGCUUUCUGUCGGCCAUGUUCUGCGAUAUGAUCCAGUUACCUACAAGAUAAAGGAGCUCAUAGAUGCGGGAGUCAUUGGGGACGUGGUCCAUAUUCAGCACCUUGAGCCGGUUGGGUUUUAUCACUUUGCUCACUCAUUUGUCCGAGGCAACUGGAGAAAUGAAGCAGAGAGCUCUUUUGCUCUUCUGGCCAAAUCAUGCCAUGACAUCGACUUGAUCCAUCACUGGGCUGGAGCACGCAGAUGUGUGAAGGUGUCAUCAUUUGGAUCUGUCAGCCACUUCAAAAAAGAAGACAAGCCAACAGGCGCCGGGGACCGUUGCCUCAACUGCUCGAUUGAAAAAGACUGUCCAUACUCAGCGUGCAAAAUCUACCUGGAGAGAGUAAAACAGGGUCACACCCGCUGGCCAGUGUCAGUCAUAUGUCCAAACUCCCUCCCUGAUAUUGAAUCUGUAACGGAGGCUCUGAGGACUGGACCCUAUGGCCGCUGCGUCUACGAAUGUGACAAUGAUGUCUGCAGUAACCAGGUGGUAAACAUGGAGUUUGAAGGAGGGCUGACGGCUGCGUUCUCCAUGGUAGCCUUUACAGAAGAGAUCUGCCAAAGAAAGACGACCAUUUAUGGCAGCAAGGGAGAGCUGUCGUGUGACGGCCAUCAGAUAUGCGUGUUUGAUUUUUUGACCCAAAAAUCAACUAAGAUCACAGCAAGCCGUGAAGCUCCGGGCCACUUUGGGAAGGGCGGACACGGAGCGGCAGACUAUCAUCUCAUAGACGCCUUCAUUUCUGCAGUGGCUAACAACGAUCCAUCCCAGAUCCGUUGUGGUUCAGAGGAAACGCUGACGAGCCACCUGCUCGUGUUCGAAGCCGAGCGAUCACGACUGGAGAGUAGGGUCGUUUUCUGCGAGGACGGCCGAAAGCAGAAGACAAGAGAGCAACAAUGAGUCUGUAAAUGACCUGAACAAAAACCUUUGGACCAGACAAAUAUGAAUGAAAAAGAGAGAUUUAUAUCCUUCAUUGAAUGCAAUAAUUUUAACGUUGCUUUUGUUUGAAUGAAAAUUAAUGUGUCAUGUCAGUUUCUUAAGUUAAAAUCCCAUCCAUUGGUUCUCUGCUUUGACCCAUCCCUAGUGGCAAGCUGCAAACACAGCAGCGUUCAGGAACUAUUUGGUGGUUUACUCCCACAUCCACCCCGUUAAAAUUCCCAGUACAAUCAUCUUUUGAUUUAUUUUAAAAGCGUUCCCAGUGGUCUGUCAAUUAUCAUUAUGCUUUUUUUGGCCGAAAUAAAAAAAAAAACUGUCAUUUUCUAGAACAUAUCUUUUUGUUCUUCAGAGCGCCAGUAGUCCAUUAGAAAUUCGCCUCUUGAGUUGUUAGCAUGACCCUCUCCAUUGCAGAGUGGCCCAUCCAGCUUAGUUUCUACAUGACGAAAAGUUCUUAAUCCAACGUCAUUUUAUCGUCUGCUGUUGAUUCACAACAAUUCGAAAAAA